AUGGCAACCGUUACUACUCAUCGGAGGGCUUUAUCUGACGAACUGGCAUUGAAGCGAAUCACCAACUUCGCUGUAGCCGUUGUGUUUACACUUCUGCUUUCAUCAACCCUGGUCACCGGUCAGCUACCGCUCAGCUUGCAGAAUCUCGUUGUCGAAAAUGUUGCUAUCGAGGACUGUGCCCUUCGGCCACCGACGUUGCAGCAGCCAGCAGCACCACACGGCUCCGGUGGUUCCGCAAUAUCCAACAACCGGCCAUUCUGCUACUUCACGCAGCCGAACCGUACCGUUUGCUUCCGUGGCAUCGAACUGAAGCGCUUCCAGGUAGGGGGUAAAUUUAACCUUACUCGCCAACUCAUCCUGUGCGAUUGGCCGCUCAGGACCUUCGAUCCGCUGAUGCUGACACGACUGGUGCCCCGUGUGGAACGUUUGGCCCUGACGGGACGAGCAUUGCAAGGCCUAUUGCACGAUUUUCCCGCCCUACCAUACCUGCAGAUGGUCAACAUUACCGGUACCCGGUUGAACCACACUGGACCGAAUGCUUUCUACGAGCUGGACCGUCUGCAGGUGCUUAAUCUGCGAGGGAACGAGCUGGAACAGAUACAACCAUAUCGUUUCCGAAGCGGCCACGUGGAGGUGUAUCUGCAAGGUAAUCUGUGGAAUUGUACAAACGACAUGAUAUGGUUGCUGAAAGAGCAAUCGCGUCAGUACGUCGAUAAACCGACCUUGGUGUGCAAGGACUGGAAGUACACUGGUCGGCCGGUUCUCACGGCCAUGGAAUACAAGCGGGUCGUACGGGAAAGCUGCCUACAUGAGGAAAUCUGGAACUGCAGUUGCCACGUCUCUUAUCUGCGAUUAAGCGACAAUGGGCUAUCAUUCCACCCAAUGAUCAUGGUCAAUUGCAGCGACCGUGGAUUUUACCAACUGCCCCAGUACCUGCCAGCGAACACGACCGUGUUGCACAUCACCCGCAAUAAGUUGCAAUCCGUCGACAGUCUGACAACAAACGAGCACUAUCGAACGGUGCAAGACAUCUAUCUGGACGAUAAUCGGAUCACAUCGAUCGACAUCCUCGAGGAUACGAUAUGGUUGGACAACUUUCGCAUCCUUAGCUUGCGGGGCAACCGGCUGAAUCGGAUACGUGUGUACAGUGUUGAGCAUGCGAUGGAACGCAAUCCAGGCGUGGGUAAGCUCUAUCUCUCGAACAACCCAUGGCGAUGCGGGUGUCGCUUUGCGAUUCGGUUCCAACGGUUCCUUCGCAAACACGAGUCGUUAGUAGCCGAUUCGCGCAAUAUCACGUGUUACUUCAUCAAUGACGAAGAUGGUCGAAAACUGUACCUGCCAGUGUUGACAGUGACACCAAACGACAUUUGUCGAUCGGCCGAACACAAUACGGCUACCUUUUACAAUACGCUAAGCAUCAUCUUCGCUUCGUUGAUCGUAUUAAUAUUUACUAAGCUUGCAUACGAUUACUAUAACUACCGUAAGUACGGCAAGUUACCUUGGUUAAUAACGAAAAUGCCUUGAUAACACGAGGUUACGCCGUAACACGGCGAGCAAACGUACUUAAGCAUUACGAAGGGAGCUUAUUCAUCCCGUUUGUGAUUGUGAUAGUCGCGAUAGAAACAAAGGUCAGUUAGGAAAGAUACGGUGCAGAGUCCGUAACAUCACCUUAUCUAAACGUUCUCAAACUUAAAUAGCUACAAGACAACAAUAUCUGUUAGAUGUUCAUAU